CGGCGGAGCGGCGGCGGCAUGGCGAGCUGCCGGCGGCUGAGCGGCGCGGGGCUGCGGGAGGUGCUGGGCCCGGCGCAGGGGCUGCUCUUCGACUGCGACGGCGUGCUGUGGGCGGGCGAGCGGGCCGUGCCCGGCGCCCCGGAGCUGCUGGAGCGGCUGCAGCGCAGCGGCAAGGCCGCCCUCUUCGUCAGCAACAACAGCCGCCGCUCGGUGGCCGAGCUGGAGCUGCGCUUCAGCCGCCUGGGCUUCCGCGGGGUGCGGGCCGAGCACGUCUUCAGCUCGGCGCUGUGCUCCGCGCUCUUCCUGCGGCAGCGCCUCGGGGCAGCAGGAGGAGGAGGAGGAGAUGGCGGCGGCCUCGUCUUCGUGCUGGGCGGCGAGGGGCUGCGCGGCGAGGUGCGGGCCGCCGGCCUGCGCCUGGCGGGCGAGGGGGAGCCGGGGGGCGAGGCGGUGCGGGCCGUGCUGGUGGGCUACGACGAGGACUUCACCUUCGGCAAGCUGGCGCAGGCCUGCGGCUACCUGCGAGACCCGCGCUGCCUGCUGGUGGCCACCGACCCCGACCCCUGGCACCCGCUCAGCGACGGCCGGCGGACGCCCGGGACUGGCAGUCUCACAGCUGCGGUGGAAACGGCCUCGGGCCGCAAGGCGCUGGUGGUGGGCAAGCCCAACACCUACAUGUUCGAGUGCAUCGUGGAGCGCUUCGGCGUCGACCCGUCCCGCACCCUCAUGGUGGGGGACCGCCUGGAGACGGAUAUCCUCUUCGGCAAGAACUGCGGGCUCUCCACCAUCCUCACCCUGACGGGUGUCUCCCGCCUCGAAGAGGCGCAGGCCUACAUGGCCAGCGACAGUGCCGCCGCCAAGGAUAUGGUGCCCAAUUACUACGUGGACAGCAUUGCAGACUUGAUACCGGGCCUGGAUGAGUAGCAGUCUUUACACGUGAGGGCAGAGGGGUCGGGUUCCCCAUCCCAGAUCUCCAUCUGUUCCCAUUUCUCUCUCACCGCUGUAUUCCCUCGAUUCCCAGUUUCUUCACAUUCCGGUACCCUUUUCUGGGGGCAGAAGGAGGGAGGGGCAGAGUUCAAGUUGCCUCCUUUCUGCUGAGAGCUGUCUGUGAUGGACAGAGUCCUCUCCCUCACGUGCCAGCAUCUCUGGGAGAGAGCUGGAGGCCUUGAGGCUGACCUGGGGUCAAAUCAGUGUUUCUGUACGGCCUCUCCCGCUGCAGGGGUUAGGGAACAGCUGUCUUAGCAUUUUUCUCUUAGAUAACCAGUGGCGGCCUUUUACUGCUGUCCCUCCACUCGCGUAACUCUCGACUUUUGAGCCGCAUGCCUGCAGCCCUUGCGGUAACCCCCUCCUUG